ACUUCCAAGUUCCCUAACCUCAAAGACUGUUUUUCUUUUGUGUGCAGUGCAGUGACUUGGCCAGAAAAGUAGUGAUUCACGUGUAGGGAUUGUGCAAAAAGUUGUGAAAAUGCUCCAAAAAGUGUGUAUGGUUCUUAUCUGCUUCAUGGUGCAGAAUGUUGCAUCCGUGAGAGCUGAAGGAAUGCAUUUUGGCGAUGCAUUGGCUUUAGUUUUUGGCAUUCUCUUGGGCACAGUUGGGAUUCUUGCUUGUCUGGGCGCCUAUGCCAGGAAAUUAUCAGCUGAUCAAUAUUGAUAUCAAUCUAAUAAUAAUCUCGUUAUUCUUUAGUAUCAUAUUUUCCAUUAGUGCUUAGGAAAUUUUAAUGAAUAUUGAAAUUAUUCAUCAUUCUACUUUAUAAUUGUUUUGGAUACGUUCCCGGACAAGGUGGAAAAAGUCAAGUAAAAUUUUAGAUUUAUUGAUUGAAAAGAAGGUUUUUCUGGACUCUUGUAUUUAAGUAAUUAAUUUGUGGUGAUUCUGGACAGUGACAAGAUGUAUUUUACUAGAAAUCUUACAAAAUUAUCCUUGAGUUCUGGGAGAUAUUUGACACCUGCAUUGUGUCACUUUCAAUCAUCCGGAAGGCAUCAAAACUACAAUCAGGGACUUCAGAUUCAAACGAGACACUUUUCCUAUGCAGAAUCAGUUUCAAAGCUAUGGAUGUCUCUGUCAAAUAGCGUCCCUGUAGCAUAUUUUCAAGAAGGAUUGAUAAAAUUGCAUGAUACGACAGGACUUCCUUGGUGGGGAAGUAUUAUCCUGUCCACAGUUCUUCUGAGGACAGCUGUAACUGUUCCCUUAACAAUUUAUCAAAAUAAAAUAAUGGCUAGGAUCGAAAUGAUCACUCAGGAGAUGCCAGAAAUUGCCAAAGAACUGAAAUGGGAGACUGCAAUUGCAAUGAAGCAAUUCAAUUGGACAGAAAGGGAAGCCAAGAUCAUGUAUGCUCAUUCGUUGAAGAAGCAGUGGACGAAGUUGGUGGUGAGAGAAAAUUGCCAUCCGGCUAAGUCUUUCAUUGUACUCUGGGGUCAGAUUCCAAUGUGGAUCUUCCAAUCGAUGGCUAUCAGAAACUUAGUGUAUAUGUUGCCGGAUCCAUCAUCUCUGCAGGCUGAAAUAAUUUUUGCACAGCUUUCACUGGGAGGAUUUCUAUGGAUACCCAACCUUACAGUGCCUGACGCUUCUUUCAUCCUCCCAGUGGCUCUGGGGAUCAUCAAUCUGGCCAUCGUGGAGAUUCAGUCGCUCUCCAGAGUACGUCAAGGGGGGCGACUUCAUAAAUAUGCAACGAAUUUCUUUAGAUUUUUCAGCAUAUUUAUGAUUCCCAUUGCAUGUACUGUGCCUUCGUGUUUGAGCCUAUACUGGGUAACAUCUAGUGCCUUUGGGCUCAUCCAAAAUCUCACGAUGAUGUCACCAAAAUUUAGGCGAGCAGUGGGAAUUCCCGUCACCCCAAGUCAACUGGAGCAUCCGUAUAAACAUCUUGCGGAUGGCGUCUCACAGAGAGUCCAGAAAAUUUCAUCUUGGCUACCAAAGAGAGGCUAAUCAAUGAUUAUUGACUCACUUUAGCACUGAUCGCGCACAAAUAAACCGACUAACAUUCGACUCAACAGGGUGGCUCUGUGGCCAGAAGCAGCUGAAGAUGUGCAUGGAAGUCAGGAAGAGAAAAGCUGUGGGGAAUGCUGUGUGACGAUUUUAGGGAUCAUCCUGCAGCGAUAUAACCAAUUAGUGAAGAUCGCCUUAAAUGAGCAAGUAGCAUCUCAUGCUGAUCAGUUCGCAUUUGCUCGUUCGACAAUGCAAAGGUUUUAAAAGUUGGUUGAAAAAUAAAGUGAGAAUAAGUGAAAUAAAGUUAUUUUUGUGAAGUCCUGUUUCCAAAUUAAUGAUGAAAUCGUAUUCCUGGAUACUUGUCCUAGUGAUCUUCGUGGAGAUCUUGGCAAUAAGUGAAGGGGUUUGUUAAAAAAAAUUUUCUUUGUUCAAUAGUUUUUUUAAGGAGCAAAAAUUGUGAAAUUUUUCAAUUUUAUUUGCGCAUUGGCUCUUAUCAAUGUGAAAAUGGAAGACAUGGGGAUCAUUGGAUGCUGUAUGUGUUAUCAGUUGAAUGGGGUUUUUUAUUAUUGUGCGAUCACGAAAGUGAUCAUAUCUCUUGAGACUUUAGCAAAAUAAAAAUAUUUUGUGCAAUUUUGUAAUCAAGGCAAAUAAAAAAUAAAGUGUAGUACAUGAA